AUGACCAACUCCUGUUGUUCCCCUUACUGCCAGCCUAUCUGCUGUAGGACCACCUGCUGCAGGACCACCUGCUGUAAGCCAACCUGUGUGAGCAGCUGCUGCCAGCCCUGCUGUCAGCCCAGUUGCUGUGAUACCACCUGCUGCAGGACCACCUGCUGCAAACCAACCUGUGUGACCAGCUGCUGUCAGCCCUGCUGUCAGCCCAGCUGCUGUGAAACCACCUGCUGCAGGACCACCUGCUGUAAGCCAACCUGUGUGAGCAGCUGCUGCCAGCCCUGCUGUCAGCCCAGUUGCUGUGAUACCACCUGCUGCAGGACCACCUGCUGUAAGCCAACCUGUGUGAGCAGCUGCUGCCAGCCCCGCUCCUGCCACAACUGUUGUUGCAGGACCACCUGCUGCAAACCAACCUGUGUGACCAGCUGCUGUCAGCCCUGCUGUCAGCCCAGCUGCUGUGAAACCACCUGCUGCAGGACCACCUGCUGUAAGCCAACCUGUGUGAGUAGCUGCUGCCAGCCCAGCUGCUGUGAAAACACUUGUUGCAGGACCACCUGCUGCAAACCAACCUGUGUGAGCAGCUGCUGUCUGCCCUGCUGCCUGCCCAGCUGCUGUGAUACCACCUGCUGCAGGACCACCUGCUGUAAGCCCACCUGUGUGACCAGCUGCUGCUACACACCCUACUGCCAACCUAGCUGUUGUGAGUCCAGCUGCUGCCAGCCUAGCUGCACCCCAACCUGCUGUGAAACCACCUGCUGCAGGACCACCUGCUGCAAACCAACCUGUGUAAGCAGCUGCUGCCAGCCCUGCUGCUGUUAG